AUGGGCUUCCUCGAGGGAAAGUGGCCCAAGGCCUUUAUGGGCACCAUCACCGUCCAGGCCAUACUAUGUCUGGCAUUCGAGGCAUACGUCUUCGCUCAGUUCCAAAUGAACGUCGACUUCCACUCGGAUAACGACACAAACAACUCACAAUACAAGUCCAUCCCCACCUUCUUGACGCUGUUCAUCUUCGGUUUCCUCUACGAGCUGGUGCUGGUAUGGGAUGCGCUGCGGAUGAAGAAUACCAUUCAGGUCAUUGGCAUUUGCUUCGCCAACCUCGCCCUCAUGGUCUACACCACCAUCCAGAUCGACCAGAUUUCCACCUCGUUCGACAAGCUCGAGGACACGGGCGCCAUCAAGCCCGACCCCAACCACGGCAACCAGGGCUUGGACUGGCUGUGGCAGUCAUGCAGGCCCUACCUCGUUGCCAUUCCCAUCAUCCUCGGCUUCGGCACCAUCAUCAUCUCCUUCAUCGCCUACAAGCUGUACCAGGUCUUUGCCUGGGAUAUCCUCAAGCAGAUCGGCGCCGACUACCGCAUGAAGAACCGCUUCUUGCACUACCAGAUCUACAUCGCUCUCCUUAAGUUCGAUUUCUUCUUCUUCCUCGGCUUCACGGUCCAGUUCCUCGUCAUCGUGACGGGCAAGACGGACCUCGAGCUGAGCCUGACCAUCGCCGCCAUCCCCAUCACCAUCGCCAUCCUGCUGCUCGCCGCCUUCUUCACCCGCCGUGAGAUCAAAGCCGGCAUGAUCGCCAUCAUCGCCCUCUACUUUGGCGGCCUCGCCUACUUCUUCUUCAAACUCGUCCGCAUCUACCAGCCCGGCUUCCGGGACCACUACAUCGCUGUGCGCCGCUCCCUGACGGCCUUCUCGGUGCUGACCAUCCUGCUCAUCAUCCUGACCAUCGUCAACGCCUUCAUCUGCAUGAACAACUUUGGAGCCGGCCUCAAGGCCCACCUGCUCAAGAAGAGCGCCGACGAGGAGAAGCAGCCCGACGCCAACUCGAUCGGCCUCAGCGACGUCAAGCCCCAGCUGCCGAGCCGGAUGACGAUCGACUAA